CGGUAAUCUCCCCCAGAAGGUAAGUUUGCUAACGACAUGGAUACUGGGUUUGAAGAUCUCGAGCUACGGGAGGCACAGCGGGAGUACUUGGACUUUCUGGAUGAUGAUCAAGAUCAAGGAAUUUAUCAUGAGAAAGUCAGAGGUAUGGUUACCGAAUAUGGAUGUCGCCUCAUCGUGAACGUCAACGAUUUGCGAAGAAAGAACGAAAAACGGGCCAAGGCAUUGCUCAACGAUGCAUUCAGGGAACUGGCGGCUUUUCAAGGCGCUUUGAAAGAUUUGGUGGCGUCCAUCGACGGAACUUACGCCAAGCAGUUCGAUGAGUUCCACGUGGGGUUCGAGGGGAGUUUUGGAUCCAAGCACGUCUCUCCUCGUACACUGGCAGCUCGGUUUCUUGGUAACCUGGUCUGCGUGGAGGGAAUCGUGACCAAAUGCUCACUGGUGAGGCCCAAAAUCACCAGGAGUGUGCACUACUGCCCCGCCACGAAGAAAACCCUGGAGCGCAAGUACACGGACCUCACCUCGCUGGACGCGUUCCCAUCCAGCGCCAUCUACCCCACCAAGGACGAGGAGAAUAACCCGCUGGAGACGGAGUUUGGGCUCUGCACCUAUAAGGACCACCAGACCGUCACCAUCCAGGAGAUGCCGGAGAAGGCCCCCGCCGGGCAGCUGCCCCGCUCCGUCGACAUCGUCAUCAACGACGACCUGGUGGACAGGGUCAAGCCGGGGGACCGGGUGCAGGUGGUGGGGGUGUACCGCUGCCUCCCUGCCAAACAGGGGGGCUUCACCUCCGGCACCUUCAGGACGAUCAUGCUGGCCAAUAACAUCAAGCUCAUGAGCAAAGAAAUCGUCCCAAACUUUUCUGCCGACGAUGUGAGCAAGAUCAAGAAGUUCUGCAAGGCCCACUCUAAAGAUGUGUUUGAGCAUCUCAGCAGGUCUCUGGCGCCCAGUAUCCAUGGCCACGAGUACAUCAAGAAAGCCAUCCUCUGUCUGUUGCUGGGCGGAAACGAAACCAAUCUGGAGAACGGGACGCGCAUCAGAGGUGACAUCAACAUACUGCUGAUUGGUGACCCCUCCGUGGCGAAGUCUCAGCUCCUCCGCUACGUCCUGUUCACCGCCCCGCGGGCCAUUCCCACGACGGGACGCGGGUCGUCCGGAGUGGGUCUGACCGCUGCCGUGACAACCGAUCAGGAGACGGGGGAGCGACGGCUGGAGGCGGGGGCCAUGGUGCUGGCCGACCGGGGCAUCGUGUGCAUCGACGAGUUCGACAAGAUGUCGGACAUGGACCGCACCGCCAUCCACGAGGUCAUGGAGCAGGGCCGCGUCACCAUCUCCAAGGCGGGGAUCCAGGCCCGCCUCAACGCGCGCUGCUGCGUGCUGGCAGCCGCCAAUCCCGUCUAUGGGAGGUACGACCAGUACAAAACGCCGAUGGAGAACAUCGGCCUUCAGGACUCCCUGCUGUCCCGGUUCGACCUGCUGUUCAUCGUGCUCGACCAGAUGGACCCGGACAGCGACCGCCAGAUCUCCGACCACGUCCUCCGCAUGCACCGAUACCGCACCCCCGGAGAGCAGGAGGGCACGGCUAUGCCGCUGGGCAGCACGGUUGACGUGUUCGCCACCGACGACCCCAACGCCGCGGAGAUUGCAGAGCAGGAGCUGCAGGUUUAUGAGAAAAAGGACAACAUUCUCUACGGGCACCGCAAGAAAAAGGAGAAGGUGGUCACCAUGGAGUUCAUCAAGAAGUACAUCCACGUGGCCAAGCUGGUGAAGCCCGUGCUGACGCAGGAGGCGUCCGAUCACAUAUCCGAGCAGUACGCCCGGCUGCGCAGCCACGACCAAGUCAACUCGGACAGCGCACGGACGAUGCCAGUCACUGCCCGAGCCCUGGAGACCAUGAUCCGAUUGGCCACCGCGCACGCCAAGGCCCGCAUGAGCAAGUCCACUGACCUGCCCGACGCCGAGGCCGCCCUGGAGCUCAUGCAGUUCGCCUACUUUAAAAAGAUUCUGGAGAAGGAGAAGAAGAAGGCUCCCGAGGACAGCAUGGAGGUUGAGGGGUCGCAGAGCCAAGACCUGGACAGUCAGAGGACCACAAGGAAGAGUUCUCGGCGCUCCAAGGACGACGCGGAUGUGACGGAGGCCGGGGACGACCCGUUUGUGUUCAGCGAGGAAGAACCGGAGACGGAGCCCAGUCAGAAAGCCAAACCCCCCCCUCCGCUGAGGCAGUCACAGAGGAAGGCUGAGGGUGGAAAAGACCGGCUGAGGGAAUUUAAGGCUGUCCUGCUCCAGGCGUUUAAGGGCGCGCGCUCGCAGUCCAUCCCCGUCCCGGAGCUCCUGGCCCACGUCAACAGGGGCCAGGCCGACCCGUUCGAGGAGCGCGAGGUCGAGCAGCUCCUGGGCCGCAUGCAGGACGACAACCAGGUGAUGGUGUCCGAGGACGUGGUCUUCCUCAUCUGAGACGGCCGUCCGUGGGCCCCCCCGCCCGACUCGACUCGACCGCGUCGUUAUGUUUGUGUCGUUAAUUUAUCACUUAAUAAAUUGUUGAACAUGAA